GACCUGUAGAUGUGAGGUGUAGUAAUUCGCAAUGCAUUUAAAAUAGUUUUUCUAGGUUAUAAAUCUUGUACGCAAUGGAAAGAAAUUUGGAGACAUAUAUCAAGGAAACUAAGAAUUUGGUGGAAACGCAAAAUUUUCAAAAAGCAUACGAGGUUUUUACGGAGGCUCUUAAAAUAUACCCAUCUUGUUCAGAGUUAAAAGAUGGGCUCCGUAAAAUGCAGGAAGGUGUUCUUGAACGAAUUACUCGAAAGCCUGUCUCUCCUUUGUCAACAAAUUUAAAACCUUUACCAGGAGAUGAUAUUCUUCUUCGUCACGAGGAGGAAUUUGUGAAACUUUGGAUAGAAGACACGGAUAUUGAGACCAUUGACAGUUCUCUGGAAUUAAAGGACAACCUAGCCACCACUACAGAAAUUGUAGAUCUUUUCACAAACGGAGAAACACAGAAAGGAAUGCACAAACUGAGAUCUUGGUUUGCUUCCUCCGAGUGUGAUGUUGCCGUUUUGAUGAAAUCUGUAUAUGAUGCGGAUUUGUACAAGGAGUGUGUAUACAUAUGUACAAAGGUUCAACCUCAGCUAAAAUCAUCGUCUAUCUGGAUUCUAGGAGCAAAAGCAGCACAAAAGCUAGGCCUCCCCGUCACAGCGGAACACUGGUUGAGGACGAUUUUCGAAUCUGAUGAUAAUGAAAGUGAGUCAUGUCAAGAAGCGAUACAGUUAUUCCUGGAUAUCCGGACAACAAGACUCUUCCAUAACCGGAACACAGACAUUGCAAUGAAUCUCACAGGGAGAGGUCGAGCCGUGACGGCAAGAUCAGACAAAGACGAUCAGUCCAUUGUUUUUGUAGAAAGACCAGUUCUCUGUGCCCCAGUUAUUGAUUCCAGUUAUGGGGACAUUCCAGCCUGUAGUCUUUGUGCAAAGUGUAUUGCAUCUCCAGAACAAUUUUUUGGUUUAAAAAUUCUAAAAAAGAAUAAAUCAUUAAAGGAAGCCGUGGACCAAUUCUGGACAAUUCGGAAACCAGUAAAGUGUGAACACUGUUCACUUGAAGUCUACUGUUCUGACGAAUGCAGAUGUCAAUCAUGGGAGAAGUACCACAAAGUUAUAUGUCCAUCUCAGAACGAGCACUCAGCCAAACUGUACAAAAUUUGUACAGAGUACAAGAAUGCUUUACUCCAAGGUUUAGAGAAUCUUGAGGGCUGGUGGUAUGAGAGCUUCAGUCCCCUCCUGCUGGCUAGACUAUGGGCAACAAUCCUCUGUGAUGCUUUCACUGAAGCCGAAAAAAGCGAUAGAACUCAAAUCACUGAUGUGGACAUCAUCACAGCUAAAAGAAAGUUUGACAGUUUCCAAGUCCAAGGACGAGGAGGGAUAACGAAAAGGAUUCCAAAAAUGUAUGACCUUAUGGUCAAGAUUUUCUCGAACAAAGAUAAAAACAGUCAUUACAAUAUAACGCCAGAGGAAUUCAACUUUCGCUAUGGCCAGAUCUAUAGAAACGUCCAGGCGUUUUCCGAUGCCAAUCAUCCCUAUUUCGAGUUCCGGAAGUACGUGGAUACGAUUCCUGAAAUGCAGAGUUUGAAGAUUUUACAGAACAGUAUCAGAGAGGCUGUAUUCGCAGGACUGUUUACUUUACAAUCAAGUUUAAACCAUUCUUGUUCUGGUAACGUGGAAAUCAUUUCAGGAAUCGUAAACGAGACUCCUGGUAUACAUGUGAUCUCCAGAAAACCAAUCAGAGAAGGAGAAGAGUUGUUUGUGUCGUAUGUGGAUACGUCAUUUACCCGACAACAGAGACGAGGUUUUCUGUAUCGUCUGUAUCAUUUCUGGUGCGAGUGCCCUCGCUGUAUGUUUGAGGGUGACGAUUCGGAUGUCUGUACUCAGUGUGGGAAAGAAGCAGAUGACGAGAAAGGUUUUCCGUCGUGUGGAAGAUGCCACAAAGCUUGGUACUGCUCCAAAACGUGUCAGAAAACGGCAUGGAAAAAAGGGCAUAAAGAGAUAUGCGUCUAUAGAUAGUAAUUAUUAAAGGUCUAAAAAGAACAGACCUUCGGUUAUUAAUUAGUUCUGUUACGUAACAAGAUUUCUGCCAAUGUAGCAGAACAUCUUUAUUCCAUCUGUUGUUUUAUUGAAAGCUUGAACACACUUACUCAGGACUCUAAAUCUAGCUAUGCAACUUUGAAUUUAUUUAUUUAUCCACUCUUAACUGCUACAGAACCAAAUGUUACCCCUUGACAGUGUGUGGUGGUAUUAUAAAAUUGUACGAUACGUAACUGCGUACCAGGAUUUGAAUUCACUAUGUGGUAAAGUAAUUAAUUAAGUAAAAUUUGCUGACUUUGGGCAGCUUUAAUAUGAUAGCCUAAUAAAUACCUUAAUAAAAGUA